AGCGGAGAAUAUAUCUCUUAAUUUUACAAUUUAAAGUUGAUAUAUCCCUCGUUAAACAAGUGACGCGUAUAUACUCUCGAUGUUUGACAAAUAGAGCGUAUAUUUACUCUAAAAGUUUCACAUGGCUUUAAAAAAAUAUCUCACCAUUUUCUUUAACUCGCCACUACAGUGUUACUCCACUAAUUGUCUUUGCCUUGUUCUUUACUUAUUCUUUUAGUUCGCAGAAUUCUGUAUUAAACAAACAAGAAUAAGUCAGUUUAGCUUUAUUUGAUCAUCUUUUCAUAUCAGAAUUGUUCAAUGGACAUAAUAACUUCUGUUGUAUCUACUUGUGUUGUUGAGGUGGGGAGAUUUAUGUGUAGAUGCAUUUGUCCUAAGAUUGAAAAUGUUGUUUGUUUCUCAUCAAUAUAGAUAAUCUAAGGGAUGAAAUGAAGUAUCUAACUAAGUUUGGCAAUGAUAUCAAAGGAAAGGUGGAAGAAGAGGAGAAAAAAGGUUAUUAACCAAACCCAAAUGUUCUCGAGUGGAUCAAAAAUGUUCACGAGCUGGAGGAUAAAUGGGAAACUACGCAAGGGAAAAGAAGCUUGUAUAUAAAUAUUGUACAAAUUGCAGCCUUCGAUUGGAAGUCUCUGCUCAAGCAAAGAACAUCAGAGAUCAACUUUGCAGGCUUAAAGAGGUCGGAGAAAACAUUGGAUCCAAUUUGGUGGUAGAAAACUACUGGAUGGAAAAAGUUGAGUACAUCCCGGUAUCAUCGAUAGAAGGCCAGCCAGCUGCAACAAGGAAUCUUCACAAAAUCUUCCAACUAUUGGAAGAUGAUAAGGUAUGCAUCAUCGGUGUGUGGGGUACCGGAGGAGUUGGGAAAGCUACAUUGGUGAAGAACUUGAACAAUGAGCUCUUAAAGAAUGUGCCAAGUUCCAAACCAUCUUUUGGCGUUGUGAUAUGGGUUAUAGUGCCUAAACCACCAAUAGAUGUAAGAAAGAUUAAAGCACAAAUUGCCAGUAGAUUAAACCUACAAGUAGAUAACAACGGUAAUGUGUAAUUAUGCAAGAUAGCAGUAAGCUUCUUGUUUAUUCAAAAGUGGAUGAAGUACAGAGUUUGAUAGUGUUUGGAAAAGAGAGGAAGAAAGAGAACUGAGAGAGGAAGAAGAUGAGAGAGAAGAGUAACUGCUUGUAUUGAUUAGUUAUCAUGUAGAUUUUCUAUAUAUAGACUACACUGUGAACUUUCUAACUAACCAAACUAGCCGUUCGGAUUCUCUGUAACUAACUCUUAAAGACAGUUACAACUGAAAAAAGGAAAAAAGUCUUAUCUAUUUUCUUUUGAA